CCAAAAAAAGCAAGUCCCCAUCAAAUACACCACAAGUGGACAAAGUACAAACGCAGAAAAUACAGGUCGAUCAAGUUUAGUCAACAAAACCUUAGAAUUUCAGCACCAAUGCACACAUUCCUGGUCUUUACUACUACCAAAAGUCAAGCAACGUUAUGCAAAAUUAAUGGACCCAACUCCUACCUACAUCUCCAUAUAGAUACAAAAUUAGUCAAUUUCACACUUCCACUUCCUAGGCUUCAAGACCAUAAAUAAACCAAAGCAAGCCGAUCAAAACAUAACAGAACGGAACAGAACAGAAUAACCCCAGUUUCAAUCUCCACAACUUCACCUGAAUUUCACGGUUUAGAUCCUAGUAAUCCAUGGCGGAGAAAAAGGAGCAAGCUACACCCCUAGCCUCAGCAAUAGAGAAUCCAAAUCCAAGAACCAACGGUGAAGAAGACACCACUCAGCUGUCUCAGCACCACCACCAGAAACUUUCUCGUAGACAUUUCAUCAAACGGUUUGCAUGCCCACUAGUUUUUCUCCUGCUUCUAGCAGUAGUAAUCAUAGUUCUAAUCUUCACCGUGUUUCGGAUCAAGAACCCUGUAAUCAAAAUGAACAGCAUCCAAAUCACAAAUCUCAACCUCACCAACAUCGUGGCCGCAAAACCCGGUGUGAACCUCUCCGUAAUCGCAGACGUUUCGGUGAAAAACCCAAACGCGGCGUCGUUCAGGUACAGCAACACCACCACGUCGCUGUACUACCGCGGCGUGAUGGUGGGGGAGGCGAGAGGGCCGCCGGGAAGGGCCAAGGCUGGCCGGACGAUCAGGAUGAAUCUGACGGUGGAUGUGAUCACGGAUCGGAUCAAUUUGUCGAGUUCAGAUUUGAGGAACGAUUUGAGUUCUGGGGUGUUGACUAUGAACAGCUUCUCGAGGGUACCUGGGCAGGUGAAGAUAUUGAACUUGUUUAAGAAACAUGUUGUUGUGAAAAUGAACUGUUCCACCACUUUCAAUGUUACUACUAGGGAAAUUCAAGAACAGAAUUGUAAGAGGAAGGUUAAAAUUUAGUGACACUUGUGUGUUAGUUUUGUUGUCUAAUUAUUGUACCAAAAGUAAGGAGAUUUUCCGUUCUUUGUAUGUGUUUCAGUUUUGAAAUUUUUGGUUGAUUGUUUUGCUUUUUUA